AUGUGUGUGGAAGGUUGGUUGAAUCGUAAUGUCAUUAACCUCCUCAACAUUACCAGGGACCUCCAGGCGACAGGCGUUGUGCCCGACACCGAGAAAACGUUUGAGAAUACAAUGAAACUCUUGAGGGUGUGCUACGACCGAACGACCAAUGUUAUUGUGUGGAACAACGUUUUUGUAUUGCUAAUACAUCGGGAAUUGAAGAACGACGAUCGCAUAGCUCAGAUUAUCGAUAGCUGGAAAUUCAGCCACGUCUUUCACUCUGGACCUAUGGACCCAGUUCCACCCAAGGUCGAGGUAACCGCUAAAAGAAACUAUCGCAAGAUGAGGUGUGGGGUUACAAAGAAAGACGGCAAGUCGUGCAAGCAGAGAAUCAUCAAAGCCCCCUAUACCUGUCGGCAUCACAGGACCCCUCCGGUUGUUUAA